AUGGCCGCCGAGCACGUGCCGUGGUUCCCUGCCAUCAUGUGCUUUCUGCAGUACUCGAUCCUCAUAACCUUCGGUCAUUUGCGUGACAUUGCGGCUAGCGUCUCGGGCAUCUCUCGCUACCGUUCGGAAGAGGAUCGUUCCGGACUGGCGAAGCUUCUUAUCGCCUGGGAAAGUUUCUACACUCGUCGUUUGUACCACCGCGUGCAGGACGUCUUCAAUCGCCCGGUGACUGGCGCUCCUGGCGCUCAUAUCGACCUCAUCAAGCGCACGUCCACUGACGGGAAUAAGACCUUCGUGCACUUGGACGAGCCGCCGCAGCGCUGUCUCAACCUUGGAUCCUACAACUACUUGGGCUUUGCCGAUGACUGGAUGAACACGUGCAGCCACGAAGUGUUUGAGUCUGUGAACCAGUUCUCUCUGGCCUCUACUGUGCCUCCCAUGGAGUUCGGUACCACGUCGGUGCACGUUGCAUUGGAGAAGGCUGUGGCCAAAUUCAUUGGCAAGGAAGCGGCUAUUGUGUACAACAUGGGCUACGCAACGAAUGCGACGAGCAUCCCGGCACUUAUGGGCAAGGGCACGCUCAUUCUAAGCGACGCACUGAACCACACUUCCAUUGUGAACGGUGCCCGUGCCUCCGGAGCGACUGUGGGUGUCUUUAGACACAACGAUCCAGAGCACUUGGAAGAGGUUUUGCGCAUUAAGAUCGCGGAAGGACAGCCUCGUACGCACCGGGCGUGGAAGAAGAUUAUGGUGAUGAUUGAAGGUAUCUACUCAAUGGAGGGAGAGAUCGUACGUCUUCGAGAGAUGGUGGACGUAACUAAGAAGUACAAAGCGUACAUUUACGUUGAUGAAGCGCAUAGUAUCGGGGCUCUCGGUAAGACUGGCCGAGGUAUCUGUGAGUAUGCUGGAGUAGAUCCGAGCGAGAUCGACAUUCUGAUGGGCACAUUUACUAAGAGUUUCGGUGGCAUGGGCGGAUACAUCGCAGCAUCGGAGGAGAUCAUUAGUUUUAUUCGAAACUCGAGCGCUGGUGCGAUCUACGCGACGAGUUUGUCUCCAGUCAUUGCGCAGCAGAUUCUGACGGCACUUAACAUCGUCGCGGGUCUGGAUGGCACAGACAUUGGUCGUAAUAAACUGGAUUCGCUUCGUGAGAACAGCAACUACUUCCGUCAAAAGCUGAUCGACAUGGGUGUGAUCACUCUUGGUGACUUCGACUCGCCUGUGAUCCCAGUGAUGCUGUAUCACAUGUCAAAAGUCGGUGAGUACUCCCGCGAAUGCCUCAAGCGCAAUCUCGCCGUGGUGACCGUGGGGUUCCCAGCCACGCCGUUGUUGCUGUCCCGCGUGCGCUUCUGUAUCUCUGCAGCUCACACAAAGGAGGAUAUGGACGAAGCCCUUAAGGCUAUUGCAGAAGUGAGUGAGAUAUGCCACGUUCGCUACAACAGCCACACCUGCGGCUAAACUUGCCGUACAAAACAAUAGUAAAAAACUUGGCAUUGCCAAAGUAACUUCCGAGUCAAAGAAUUCCUGGGGCAUUCCCUGUGGGCAAUGUUGUUGCCUCUUCCUCUGAUUCAGUUGAGUAUCUAUCGUUGUAAGUGGUUGCGGUGUUGCAGCCACUCUCCUAAUUGCUGGGCUCCACUCCCUCAUCUUCGUUGUGCUCCACCUUGGCGGGAUCAGUGUUCUCUACUUUCAUUACUGGUUCUUC